AUGGCAUGUAUCAUGGAGAGCAAGAUUGUGGGAAAAGAAAAACAGCAACAUAGCUUGACUUUACUUAGCAAAAUUAAGAACAUGAAAGAAUUAGCGGAAAUGAUAGAUGUAGUGCUCGUCGCAGAAGGGGAGAAAUUUCCCUGCCACCGGCUGAUUUUGGCUGCCUUUAGCCCUUAUUUCAAAGCCAUGUUCACCUGUGGUUUGCUUGAGUGUGCUCAGAGGGAAGUCAUACUCUAUGAUAUCACAGCAGAGAGUGUCUCUAUAAUAUUAAACUAUAUGUACAAUGUGGAUUUGGACAUCAAUAAUGCCAAUGUACAGACUGUAGCUGUUGCUGCCUACUUUAUGCAAAUGGAUGAAGUCUUCAGCGUGUGCCAGAAAUAUAUGAUGGACCACAUGGAUGCCUCCAAUUGCGUGGGAAUCUAUUAUUUUGCCAAACAUAUUGGGGCAGAAGAUUUGUCUGAUCAAGCCAAGAAAUAUUUAUAUCGGCACUUUGCUGAGGCAAGCUUACAUGAAGAAAUUCUAGAAAUUGAUGUGAACCAACUGAUGGCGCUUAUUAAAUCAGAUGAUCUUAAUAUUUCCCGAGAGGAGAGUAUUCUGGACUUGGUUUUGAGAUGGGUAAACCAUAACCGAGAAUCGCGCCUGGAGUCCCUUCCUGAACUUUUGAAACAAGUGAGACUGGGACUUGUGAAUCCUUCUUUUUUAAGAGAAGCGUUGAAAAGGAACACAGUGCUUCUAUGUAACUCAGAUUGCCUCGAUCUCAUCCAGGGUGCCUUAGAUGCCAUCAAGAAAUCCAAACAGCAUUCUCUAAAUCUCCGUUAUGGAAUGGAGACCACUAGUCUUCUGCUUUGUAUUGGCAACAGUUCCACAGGGAUCAGAUCGAGACAUGGCAACUAUGGAGAAGCCAGUUUUUGUUAUGCUCCCAUGACACGGAAGACUUACUUCCUCUCCUCUCCGAAGUAUGGAGAAGGCUUAGGAACUGUGUGUACCGGGGUCGUCAUGGAAAACAAUGAUAUCAUUGUGGCAGGGGAAGCCAGUGCCUCUAAAUUAUCUAGACAAAAGAACAAGAAUGUAGAGAUCUAUCGGUAUCACAACCGGGGAAACAAAUUUUGGGAAAAGUUAUGCGCCACUGAGUUUCGGGAGCUGUAUGCCCUAGGCAGUGUCUAUAGUGACCUUUAUGUUAUAGGAGGACAAAUGAAAUUGAAAAACCAGUAUCUCGUUACAAACUGUGUCGACAAGUAUUCAGUGGAGCAUGACAAUUGGAAAAGGGUGACCCCUCUUCCAUUACAACUAGCAUGCCAUGCUGUGGUAACAGUGAAUAAUAAACUUUAUGUGAUUGGAGGAUGGACCCCACAGAUGGAUCUCCCUGAUGACGAGCCUGAUCGAUUAAGCAACCGACUGUUGCAGUAUGACCCUGGCCAAGAUCAAUGGAGGGAGCGGGCACCGAUGAAGUACUCUAAAUACCGAUUCAGUACUGCUGUAGUCAACAGUGAGAUUUAUGUUCUGGGUGGAAUCGGUUGCCUGGGUCGAGACAAAGGCCAAGUUCGUAAAUGCCUUGAUGCUGUGGAGAUCUACAAUCCAGAUGGGGAUUUUUGGAGGGAGGGGCCCACGAUGCCAACCCCCCUGCUGUCCCUUCGAACCAAUUCUACCAAUGCAGGAACAGUAGAUGGGAAGCUGUAUGUCUGCGGGGGCUUUCACGGAGCAGAUCGGCAUGAAAUUAUCUCCAAGGAAAUCUUGGAGCUGGACCCGUGGGAAAAUCAGUGGAAUGUCGUAGCCAUCGAUGUCCUCAUGCAUGACAACUACGAUGUCUGCCUUGUGGCCAAGAUGAAUCCCAGAGAUCUCAUUCCCCCACCUUCAGAUUUAGUAGAAGAAAGAAGUUAA